AUGUCGUUGGAAUGGGUCUAUCGAUUUACCAUUAGCUGCGUGAGUAUCCAAAUUGACCUUUCAACCACAGCCAAAACCGCAGAAAUCGACUCUUUAAGAUUCCAAGAUAAAGACCUGCAAGUUGUUGGCACACUUGAAUACGGCCAAUUCGGCGUCAUAGAAGUGGUAACUUGCAAGCUCAAUAACCGAGUUUACGUUCGCAAGUCUAUCGAGAAAAAGUUCGCGAUGCGGACGCGCGAACAGUGCUCUCCGCAAACCGAGCGAAACAUCCUUGUGGCGGCAUCUCUGACUGAAUCCCCUUGGGCGCCCCAUCUCCUAGCCGCAUACCAAAUGCCCACUCACCUCCACUUGGUCAUGGACUAUGCUGAAGGAGGAAACCUGUGGGACGUUCUCGAGUCUAGCACCGGCAAAAUAUCCGAAUCCGACCUCAAAUGGUGGGUUCCUCAGGCGGUCAGCGCAAUCCACUGGUGCCAUACUCAAGGGUUCGCUCAUCGCGACAUCAAACCCCAUAACUUUGUCCUCACUAAGGACUCUCGCGUCCAGCUGAUCGACUUUGGAUCGGCGGCUCCCUUGCUUCCCCCAGGGCCGGAUGGGUCCCAGAAGCUGGCUCGAAAGCACUGCCUUGUACCCUGCGGAACUUGUGACUACAUCUCGCCGGAAAUCCUGGAAGCCCAUGAACAGGCGCUCGUCGCGCUUGAAAUGGAUGACGAGGACGAAAAUCCCCUUGUGAUAGAGGAUCCCGAGGGGUAUGGGGUCGAAACCGAUUGGUGGAGUCUCGGAGCCAUGCUGUAUGAAAUGGCCUACGGUGUUGCACCUUUCUUCGCGAACGAAAUCAGACACACCUAUCAGAGAAUCCUGAACCACGAGAAAUGUUUACGCUUCGAGGACGGCGUGUCGUUCGAGUUGCAAGACUUGCUGGCACGCUUGCUAACGCGUGCCGAGAAACGCUUGGGACGCCGCAACAUCAUGGAAAUAACCGAUCAUCCAUUCUUUCGUGGCACCGACUGGACGUCCCUUUCUUCCCAAUCUGCGCCUCCCGACCUCCAUCUGCCCCAAUUCACAUACUCCAUACCCCAACCUACCGAAGCAGCGAACCACGUUCCUUCUCCGAUGGAUGUCGACGACAAAUCAGAGUCGUAUUCGCAAGGCUUUGCGUUUUCCGCGUUUUUCCAAUCAUCCCACGGAUCGGUUUCGCAUAAUGCCUCGUUCCUCCGACAUAGCAUCACCCCACGACCACCGCGACCUUCGCCCCGAGAUGACCCUAGUUCGGCUUUCAUUGGGUUUUCCUGGGGACCCUUGAUCGACGCUUUUCCCGACCAGCCGCUGGGCGUUUCUCAAAACAGCGAUCAGCGUCACCUUUCUCCAAUUCCGUCCACUGGUCCCGCCACUACACCCACCUUCCCCGUCGUCACGCCAGGGUUCCUCACAGCGGACGCUCUCGCCACUCCGCUUCCUUCGAACCGCUUCGCGGAUCAGCAUCCGUUCGUUACCCCUGUCCGCCCGUACACCAUUUCCAACUCUCCUAUGAACACUAUCCGCCGAACCAACACCAUCCGCCGCACGGUUGGAAGACGUGAAGUCUCGGAUCGUGAAGCGAUGAAGCAACUCGUCGAUUGUAUCGGAAUGAGCGCGCGGAAGAAGGUGUUGGAGAGCGGUCGUAAGCCCAAGAUCCUUACCUCCUACAACCUCUCCAGAUCACUCCGUCGUCGACCAAGCGUCAGAUCUUUCUCUCUGACGGACAAAACCACCGACGGGGCACCAAACACAGGUGCUACGAAUAGCAAUGGUACACGCAAAGAGCUACGGUUCUAUCCCACUGUCAUGCCGAUACCCAUGACGGAGUACACCGACGACGGCGGUACGGAAAGCGACAACCCCUCACAGCCUACCCGAACGUCCCGCCUCCCCCCUCUCACCCUCGCACCCGCCAUGACCAACGGCCGCUCCAACAGCCGCAUGCUCGGCGACUCCGACAGUUCAGAAACCGGCGGGUACGGGUACAUCAACUACCCCUACUACUCCAACAGCGAGUGCUCUGAGUCCGAGGGUCCGCCUAGUCCCAGUCCCAGUCCACGCCCCGGGUCGGCGAUGUCGUUUAUAUCGACUUCGAGGAGGAGUGGGACGCCUACGGUUACGAUGAGCACGUUCUCGUCUAGAUUGCGUUCUGCGAGUGGGUCGAAUUUUAAUAUUAGUGGGAUGGGGAUGUUGGGUGUUCCUUCGCCUUCGUUGGGUCCUGGUGGGCCGUGGGGUAGGCCGUGGGAGCAUGAGAGGGAUAGGGACAGGGAUAGGGAGAGUGGUGGGAUUGGCAUUGGCAUUGGGAAGGUGGAGGAAAGGGAUAGGGAGAAAGAGAGGACGUUUAUGGCGAUGCCGAGGAAGGUUUCUGCCCCUCCCGUCAUUGACGAUGUGCAACCUGUGGAAGAGGUGGAAUUCCCAAGAAAUGCAACGACCAAACCACGUAUCGCAUCCGCCAUCCCGCCGAACAAGCCUCUCCUUUCGAAUUCUUCUCUGAGGAGGACGUCAGUUGCGACCUCCACACCCUCGGUACACGAACACUGUUCACAUUCAUCUGGAUCGCGAACGCACGAGCGACGACGGGCGCACCAACCGCCACGGACAUACCAGUACGACCAUGAAGAUACCCAACAUUAUUCUGAUGAGGAGGAUGUGGAUCUUCUGUUUCAGGGGAUAUCAAAGUCGGAGACGGAUGUUGGUUCAUUGUGGGAUGAAUUGGAAGGGAGACAUGAGAGGAUGAUGUAUGAUAUCAGGAUGUUGGAAGAGAGGUUGGAAUUGGUUUCGCGGACUGUUGGUGGUGGUAGCGGACGGAUACGUAGGUGA